CUUAAUCAAUCAAUCAAUCUAUUACUAAUUACUAAUUGGAUUAUUAAAAAUCUAUUUACAGUAAUGAUGUAUUAAAUUCUCACACUCUCUCAACUUUCUUCAUUCCCGUCAAAACCGUUUUAGAGAAAACCCGCAAAUCGCAGACAUGUCCUUCACCGUUGACGACAACCACUUCUCCGCCGGCGAUGACACCUACUCCGGUUACGGAGGAUUCUCCACCUUCUCCGCCGAUGAUGUCCCCGUAGAUCACACAGAAGCAGUACCGGAGUCGCCGGAGAUAUUCGGAUUCAGCGAUCAGGAUCCAAGUUACGCUCAGUCUCCCUUCGAACCAGUGCAUGGACUGGAAAACGGAAACGGUUACGGCGUCGAUGGUGACGACAUUUUUGUCUCCGAUGGACCUGUGCUUCCUCCUCCCGGUGAGAUGGAACCGGAGGAAGGUAACGUUCUUCGGGAAUGGCGCCGUCAAAAUGCUAUUCAGCUAGACGAGAAGGAGAAAAGGGAAAAAGAAAUGAGAUUGAAGAUUAUUGAGGAAGCUGAGGAUUAUAAAGUGGGUUUCUAUGAGAAAAGGAGGCUCAAUGUUGAGACAAACAAGGUUCAAAACAGAGAAAGGGAGAAGUUAUACCUGGCUAAUCAAGAGAAUUUUCACAAAGAGGCCGACAAAAAUUACUGGAAAGCAAUUGGGGAGAUAAUUCCUCGUGAGGUUGCCAACAUUGAGAAGAAGAGAGGCAAAAAGGAUCAGGACAAGAACCCAUCAGUUACUGUCCUCCAAGGCCCAAAGCCAGGCAAACCCACCGAUCUUUCUAGGAUGCGGCAGAUACUGUUAAAGUUGAAGCAUACUCCACCAACUCACAUGAUUCCUCCUCCACCUGCACCUGCUAAAGACUCCAAAGAUGGGAAGGAUGGAAAAGAAACAGCAAAAGACUCCAAAGAUGGGAAGGAUGGAAAAGAAACAGCAACUAAACCAAAUGGAUCAGCACCAGAAAGUGCACCUGAAUCACAACCAAAGGAUGCUGCCGAUAACGGUACUGCAGAUUUACCCCAGAAAGAAGCUCCUGCUACUGAGGAACAGCCUGCUGCAUAAUUCUGUGUAUCAUACUUGAGAUCUCACAAUCUUUCUUUUGUUCAUUUUUCCCUUGCAUUCUUAACUGGUUUUUUGCAUGCUUUUAGUUUGUAUGGCCUUUUUUGUUUGCAUUUUAUUGCCAACAUUCAGGUUUUGUAUCAAUUAAAUCCACUAUUGUCUAUUACAUGACCUUGGAAAUUCAAAUGUUACAUGGGUUUUAAUACAUUCUUUAUUAAUAACUAAGAGUGUCUUUUUUACAUUUAUGCUUAUAAUGGUUUACGGCUUUA